GAGAUCCGAAAAGCCGGAAGUGGGUGGUAAAGAACCCGGAAGACUUGGAAAGCAAAGUACACACAGGAGGAGAAAGGAGGGGAAGAAGACGCAGGCCAGGAUGGACGAUACACUCUUCCAGUUAAAGUUUACAGCCAAGCAGCUGGAGAAGCUUUCCAAGAAGGCAGAAAAGGACUCCAAAACCGAACAGGCCAAAGUCAAGAAGGCACUUCAGCAGAAGAAUGUGGAAUGUGCCCGGGUCUACGCUGAGAACGCCAUUCGGAAGAAGAACGAGAGCCUGAACUGGCUCCGCAUGGCUUCCCGGGUGGAUGCCGUGGCCUCCAAGGUCCAAACGGCAGUGACGAUGAAAGGGGUGACAAAGAAUAUGGCCCAGGUGACCAAAUCCCUGGACAAAGCUCUCAACUCGAUGGACCUCCAGAAGGUCUCUGCUGUGAUGGAUAAGUUUGAGCAGCAGGUUCAGAACUUGGAUGUCCACACUUCAGUGAUGGAGGACUCCAUGAGCUCAGCCACCACCUUAACCACGCCACAGGAGCAAGUGGACAGCCUGAUUGUCCAGAUUGCCGAGGAGAACGGCCUGGAGAUCAUGGACCAGCUGAAUCAACUGCCCGAAGGGGCCUCGGCCGUGGGAGAGAGCUCCACGCGCUCCCAGGAGGACCAACUCUCACGGAGGUUGGCUGCCUUGCGGAACUAGCUCUCCCUCUCCCGUCACGGACUGUUGUUGCUGCUGCCUUGUUUGCCUAUGAUUUUGUGGGGAUUACUUGAGAGGUUCCCCUCCGGCCUUCCUUCCCCUUCUCACAGCUCUCUUGUUCCUGCGACCAGAAAGGGGGCAGAUCCCUCUGACUCCUCCAGGCCUGCUGGGGUCAACACUGGACUGGACCCCCUUUUGACUUCACUGUGGAGGCAGCUCUCUAGAGAAGCAGCAUCAGUGGCGGAUCUCUGUGCAUGCGUGUCCCUUGGAUUUUGGGGGAGAGAAUGGCUGGGAGAAGGGAGGCAACUUCCUUGGGAUGGAUGUAGUUUGGAUUCUGCCCACAUGCUGUUCAGCCGACACUUCCCACCAUCCUUGGUUUGGUGCUCAUUGGCCUUGAGGAACGCAUACGAUUCAGACACUACUCUCUUGACCAUUUCACAUUCUUUAGAGGGAUAGGACCCUUCUUCAGCGAGGUUUCUUUGUCCUAGUAUCCCUCCUCGCUUGGUUCUCUUGAGUCCACUUUAGCCCAUCGUUUUCCAGGAACUAGUUCCCGGUGAGUGGGAAUUGUAGUUUUGAACCUUUGGGGAGGUUUUUGGUGUAUUGUAGAGAUGAGGCCUGUUGAAACUGGGUGAAAUAAGCCUUGGAUGUUUGUCAGGAAGGCGGGUGUUUCCCUUCUCCCAGAGGCCUUGGAUUUGCACACCUCAAAGUGACCUUUGAACACCAUGCUCCCUUUUUGUCUCCCUUUUUCCACCCAUGUUCCUUCUUUUGGGGAUGCCAUUUACUCCUGUCACGUUUUGCUCAAGAGAUCACAGCUGGGAGGGAGAGAUCCCUUUUCCUCUUUCUGUGUAUUGAAAUGCUUUGGUCCUCUUCCCUCACUCGUUUCUUCAGAGGCAUCCUUCUCAGUAAGACAUUGACCUCUGAAUGCAGUGGGUGGGAAUGAUGCAUUAUCUGUCUUGCUUGGACCUGCUUCUGAUGGAAAUGUACCAUGAGACAGGGCUCUUUUUCCAGCUCAGUCCUCCCAUAAAACCUUGCCAGAGCUCACCUUGGAGGGGCCCCUGGUCUUCCCAUAGCCGCCGGUCAUGUUCUCUCACUCUUGUAUCUGCCAAGGUCCUGGUGGGAGGUUAUUGUGGAACCUGAUCCUCCAAGUUGCACUUUUGGGAAAGCUUUUUUCAAGGGAAUGCUGGAUUCUCCAGCUGUAUCUUUGGGGGAAUGGUCUUCUGCUGCCUUUUUUUUUUUUAGAAGAAGAAGAAAAAAAUAAAAGUGAAUGCUGUCAUUUCUUCGAUGUGGUUUUAAAUAAACAAAUUCUCUAUAGUACUUACAUAGACUCA